AUCCACUAUCGAUAGGUAUCCCUGCUAUCGAUAACACGAAAAUGAGCUCCGAUAUUUUGUAGAGCUGGUGGUACGAUGGAAGUCGCUACGUCUCCUAUAAUUUACAAUUGAAUGCUUCUUCCUCUUGAAACCAUGCAAGGGAUCAAUGUUUUCGGUCAUAUACCUGUCCUGUGAUAAUUCUACACCAAAAAAAGAAACGCCGUGAGCGGAAUCACCUAAGACCGGCCUAUUAAGCGAGCAUUAGGGUACUUCCCCCUAUUGGAGAGAUGGCUGUCGAAGACCUGGAGCAAUGGGUCGGCGACUUCAGCGUCCUCAUGCAAAAAUUCCCGGCCGGUGAUUUCGUUUACCUCUUCUACCCCCUCGUAUGCAUCGUCGUCGGCGGUACCAUCCUAUAUUUCACCCACACCGACUACUGGGAGAAGCCGAAACGAUACUCUGUUCCACCCCCUAAACAGGCUGAUGAGGUUAAAAUUCUUGACGACCCGACCAUCAAGGUCUCAGGUACCACAGCCAUCCAAUGCUAUAUGCCCGCCACCGGUCAAUUCUUGGGCUUCGUCAAUCCUUCCACACCUGCCGGCAUUGAUCGUGCCAUAGAGCAAGCUGCCGCAGCCCAAGAGAAAUGGGCCAAAACAACCUUCAGCGAGCGACGGGCAGUGCUGCGUUCCAUGUUGCAAUAUGUGCUCGAUAACCAGGAGUCGAUCUGUCGCGUGAGCUCCAUGGAUUCGGGCAAGACGAUGGUGGAUGCUAUGCUUGGCGAGAUCAUGGUCACGGCCGAGAAACUCGAAUGGACCAUCAAACACGGCGAGAAAGCCCUCCGCCCGAGCAGACGUCCGACGAAUCUUCUCAUGACCUACAAGAAGAACACGGUACACUACGAACCUCUCGGCGUGGUAGCGGCGCUAGUUAGCUGGAACUACCCAUUUCACAAUCUAAUUGGUCCGAUCAUCAGCGCCAUCUUCGCUGGCAACGGCAUCGUCGUCAAGGUUAGCGAACAGACUUGUUGGAGCGCCGCCUACUACACAAGCAUCGCGCGUGGUGCCCUCGUCGCUCACGGCCACGACCCCCAGCUCGUCCAGUCCGUCGUCUGCUGGCCUCAAACCGCUUCGCAUCUAACCAGCCACCCGGGGAUCAGUCAUCUUACCUUCAUCGGCAGCAGGCCCGUCUGCCACCACGUUGCCGCCAGCGCCGCCAAAGCCCUAAUCCCCGUCGUCGCAGAAUUAGGGGGUAAGGACGCCGCUAUGAUCCUCGACUCCGCCGAGAAAGACCUAGACAGGAUCGUCGAGAUCCUCAUGCGCGGCACCUUCCAGGCCUCAGGUCAGAACUGCAUUGGCAUCGAGCGCAUCAUCGCCGCCCCAGGCGUCUACGACAAGCUCGUCUCCAAACUCGAGCCGCGCGUCAAGGCAUUACGUCUCGGAACCGACAAGGACGUCGGAGCUAUGGUCUCCUCCGCCUCAUUCGCGCGCUUUGAAUCCCUCGUCGCCGACGCCGUAAGCCGCGGCGCGCGUCUCCUCGCCGGCGGAAAGCGGUACAUCCACCCAGAGCACCCACAAGGUUUCUACUUCACCCCAACCCUCCUCGUAGACGUAACCCCCGACAUGGCCAUCGCAAACGAGGAGUGUUUCGGGCCCAUAAUGACAAUCCUGCGCUCCCCCUCUUCCUCCGCAACCGACAUCCUCAAGCUCGCCAACGCCCCGGACUUCGGUCUCGGCGCCUCCGUCUACGGGCGGGACUCGGACCCCGCGCUCGCGCAAAUCGUCAAGGGGGUUCGCGCAGGCGGCGUCGCCGUCAACGACUUCGCCGUGUUCUACGCCGUCCAGCUGCCCUUCGGCGGCGUCGGGGGUUCCGGAUACGGCCGCUUCGCUGGCGAGGAAGGCCUGCGUGGUCUGUGUAAUCCGAAGAGCGUGUGUGAGGACCGCUUGGCUUGGCUCGGUGUGAGGACGGCGAUACCCCCGCCUGUGAGGUAUCCUGUUAAGAGCCAGGACCGAGGGUGGAGGUUUGUCAGGGGCGUGGUGGGGGUUGGGUAUGCGGUGAAGGUCGUCGAUAAGGUUAGGGCUUUGGGGGAGCUUUUGGGGAAUAGUUGAGAGGGGGAAA